GUGGUUUGGGUUUGGGUCUAAAGAACGGGUUAUCCGGGACUUCAUUUCAUUUGGGUCACUUGAGGCUCAACCGAUGCCCAGGAGAGAGGCCAACGCGUCAUCGCUUACCCGUUACCUUUUCUCCACAGCCUUCCUCAGCCACCAGGGCAGGCGCCUGCUCCUGGUUACCGUGGCAACCGUGAGGAGCCCUAGCCAGUUCCGCUGCUGCACUGACUUCUGCAGCCCUAGCUGAGAUGGAGCGCUGAGGACCGACAGACGGUGACAGACCCCUAAUUCUUCAUCCCUUCCUCGCUGCUCUGGACCCCGAGAGAACGAGGGAAGGCAUAAGGAUGAACGAAGGGUGCCUCGGGGCCUCCGGAUGAGAACCUUUGCUGGGAUUCUGGCUGGAAGGUGGAGCCGCCACACUUAGGAUGCACGCAGCCACAACAGCAGCACCUGUGUCCUGAGGACCAGCCAAUCUGGGCAGGCAAGCUCUCACCGGCGAGGCAGAUGCGGAUGUGAAACCCCAGUCCAUUAAGGUGACAGUGCCAGGUGGAUCCGCAGCCAUUCCACUGCCCCUCGGGGGGCGUGCCAAGAGCAGGGGAGCAUGGAGGAGAGGAAGCAGGAGACAACGAACCAAGCUCACGGCCUCUUUGACCGGUUUGUCCAGGCCACGACCUGCAAGGGAACCCUCAGGGCCUUCCAGGAGCUCUGUGACCACCUGGAACUGAAGCCCAAAGAUUACCGCUCCUUCUACCCCAAGCUGAAGUCCAAGCUCAACUACUGGAAGGCCAAAGCCCUCUGGGCCAAACUGGACAAGCGGGGCAGUCACAAAGACUACAAAAAGGGAAAAGCGUGCACCAACACAAAGUGUCUCAUCAUCGGAGCUGGCCCCUGUGGUCUCCGCACAGCCAUCGACUUGUCCUUGUUGGGAGCCAAGGUAGUCGUUAUUGAGAAGCGAGAUGCCUUCUCCCGAAACAACGUCUUGCAUCUCUGGCCCUUCACCAUACACGAUCUUCGAGGUCUGGGUGCCAAGAAAUUCUACGGCAAGUUCUGUGCUGGAGCCAUCGACCACAUCAGUAUCCGUCAGCUCCAGCUAAUCCUCUUGAAAGUAGCUUUGAUCUUAGGCAUUGAAAUCCAUGUGAAUGUGGAAUUCCAAGGACUUGUUCAGCCUCCCGAGGACCAAGAGAAUGAACGGAUAGGAUGGAGAGCAUUGGUGCACCCCAAAACUCAUCCUGUAUCAGAAUACGAAUUUGAAGUCAUCAUUGGUGGGGAUGGGCGGAGGAACACCCUGGAAGGAUUUCGUCGGAAAGAAUUUCGUGGCAAGCUAGCCAUUGCCAUCACGGCAAACUUCAUUAACCGAAAUACAACCGCAGAGGCCAAAGUAGAGGAGAUCAGUGUGGCUUUUAUAUUCAACCAAAAAUUUUUCCAGGAGCUGAGAGAAGCCACAGGUAUUGACUUAGAGAACAUCGUCUACUACAAAGAUGACACACACUACUUUGUCAUGACGGCCAAAAAGCAGAGUUUGCUGGACAAAGGGGUGAUACUGCAUGACUACACAGACACGGAGCUGUUGCUUUCCCGGGAGAAUGUGGACCAGGAGGCCCUGCUGAACUAUGCCCGGGAGGCUGCAGACUUCUCUACCCAGCAGCAGCUGCCUUCUCUGGAUUUUGCCAUCAAUCACUACGGGCAGCCUGAUGUGGCCAUGUUUGACUUUACCUGUAUGUACGCCUCUGAAAAUGCAGCCUUGGUACGGGAACAAAAUGGACACCAGUUACUAGUAGCUCUGGUUGGGGACAGCCUCCUGGAGCCUUUCUGGCCAAUGGGAACAGGAAUAGCCCGGGGCUUUCUGGCUGCUAUGGACUCUGCCUGGAUGGUACGAAGCUGGUCUCUGGGCACCAGCCCCUUGGAAGUCCUGGCAGAGAGGGAAAGCAUUUAUAGGUUGUUGCCUCAGACCACCCCUGAGAACGUGAGCAAAAACUUCAGCCAAUAUAGCAUCGACCCUGUCACUAGGUAUCCCAAUAUUAACAUCAACUUCCUCCGGCCAAGCCAGGUGCGCCAUUUAUACGAUAGUGGAGAUACAAAAGAUAUUCAUCUGGAAAUGGAGAACCUGGUGAAUUCCCGAACCACUCCCAAGCUGACUCGGAAUGAGUCUGUAGCUCGUUCAAGCAAGCUGCUGGGGUGGUGCCAGAGGCAGACAGAUGGCUAUGCAGGGGUAAAUGUGACAGAUCUCACCACGUCGUGGAAAAGCGGCCUGGCCCUGUGUGCCAUCAUCCACAGAUACCGCCCUGAUCUGAUAGACUUUGAUUCUUUGGACGAGCAGAAUGUGGAGAAGAAUAACCAGCUGGCCUUUGACAUUGCCGAGAAGGAGCUGGGCAUCUCUCCCAUCAUGACAGGCAAGGAGAUGGCUUCGGUGGCCGAGCCCGACAAGCUCUCCAUGGUGAUGUACCUCACGCAGUUCUACGAGAUGUUCAAGGACUCACUCUCCUCCAGCGACACCUUGGACCUGAAUGCAGAGGAGAAAGCCGUCCUGAUAGCCAGCACCAAAUCCCCCAUCUCCUUCCUGAGCAAGCUUGGACAGACCAUCUCUCGGAAGCGUUCUCCCAAGGAUAAAAAGGAAAAGGAUUCGGAUGGGGCUGGAAAGAGGAGAAAAACCAGUCAGUCAGAGGAGGAGGAGCCUCCCCGGAGCUACCGAGGAGAGAGACCCACCCUGGUGAGCACCCUGACGGACAGGCGAAUGGAUGCUGCCAUCGGGAACCAGAACAAAGUAAAGUAUAUGGCAACCCAGCUGCUGGCGAAGUUCGAAGAGAAUGCGCCUGCACAGUCCACUGGUGUAAGGAGACAGCCGACACAAAAGCGUGGGUUCAGCCAGCCGUCCCGCUGCCCGCCUGCGCAGGGCCGCCCUGCUCCCAUCCCCCAGUGGAAACAGCGACAGGAAAAGGAACGUGCUCGGACCUGCCCCAAAAAAGUGAUCACUCUCUCUCCUCCCCCUACUCCACCUUCCUGCCGGGCUCGAAGCGUUCAGCAGAUGUACAGGAAUCUUCAUGCUGGCAGCCGUGGCAAGCAGAACCCCCACCAUGAGAGGCCAGAGCCCGAGCCUUCGCGUCGAUUUUUUGUUGACCAGUGGGAGCGCUCCCGUAGUCUCCGCUCCUCCACCCGCCCUGCCUCUCCCUCCUCUGACUCCCUCCGACAGAAGUAUAUAAAGAUGUACACGGGCGGAGUGAGCUCAUUGGCUGAGCAGAUAGCCAAUCAGCUUCAAAGGAAAGAGCAACCCAAAACCCUUCUAGACAAGAAGGAACUGGGCUCCAUCAAGAAAGAGUUCCCACAGAACCUGGGGGGCAGCGACACAUGCUACUUCUGCCAAAAGCGAGUCUACGUGAUGGAGAGGCUGAGCGCCGAGGGCAAGUUCUUCCACCGAAGCUGCUUCAAAUGCGAGUACUGCGCCACCACGCUGCGCCUCUCCGCGUACGCCUAUGACAUAGAGGACGGCAAAUUCUACUGUAAGCCGCACUACUGUUACCGGCUGUCUGGCUACGCGCAAAGGAAGAGGCCAGCCGUGGCUCCUCUGUCUGCAAAGGACGCCAAAGGACCCCUGCAGGAUGCCCCCGCUGCAGAUGCAAAUGGACUGGCCAGCGUGGCCGCCGGCGCAGCCGAGAGAACUCCAGGUUCCAGCAUGAAUGGCCUGGAGGAGCCCAGCAUCGCCAAGAGGCUGAGAGGCACCCCUGAGAGGAUCGAGCUGGAGAACUACCGCCCAUCGGUGAGGCAGGUAGAGGAGCUGGAGGAGGUGCCCGAGGAGACACAGGCCGAGCAUAACCUGAGCAGCGUACUAGACAAGGGCACCGAGGAGGAUGCAGCCAGCAGCAGUUCCGAGUCGGAGAUGGAGGAGGAGGAAGAGGAGGAUGAGGACGAUCAGCUCCCCACCUCUGAUCUGGGCGGCGUUCCCUGGAAGGAGGCAGUAAGGAUUCAUGCCCUUCUGAAGGGAAGAAGUGAAGAGGAGCUAGAGGCCUCCAAGAACUUCGAGCCUGAGGAAGAGGAGGAAGAAGAGGAAUAUGAAGAGGAAGAGGAGGAGGAAGAAUAUGACGAAGAGGAAGAGGAGGAGUCCAGUGAAGAAGGGGAGUAUUGCCCCUGGGACAGAGAACUCCUGCAAGGCCAGUGGCUCCAGCAUCUCUCAAAAGAAGAAGAAAUGGGUACAAGUGAAGCCGGGACCAACAGGCUGCAGCAGAUCAUAACCGCAGCGGAUCCCUUGGCGAUCCAGGCAGAUGUGCACUGGACACACAUCCGUGAGAGAGAGGCGGAGGAGAGGACGCUCCCAACCUCUGAGUCUUCCACUUCUAGAGUGACCGGCCUUCCCUCCGUACGCCGUGCAGCAGUACAGGCCUGGCUGGAGACGGUCUCCGGAGCCCCUCUGGAUGAGAAUGACCUAGAAGAGGACGCGGACUCUGAGCCCGCCGAGACGGAAGGGGAGGCUGCAGAAGAUGGGGACCCUGGAGACACUGGUGCUGAACUGGAUGAUCAGCACUGGUCUGACGACAUCCCUUCCGACGCCGAAACCGAACUCCGCUUACAGCGUCAGGCCAAGGUGAAAGCCGAGCUGGAGCUGAGAGUGUCAGAGAACGAGGAGGAGAAGCCGCCUGCUACACCAAAGCCAGAGGAGAGAGGUCCUCCCCAAGUCUCCAGCCCCAGCCAGUCACCUCAGAAACAAGAUGUUCUGUUCUCCCCAGCCCACAGCCCUGGGGCAGAGGGGGCCCAGGCCCCUCUUGUCUCUGUCGCCACCAAGACGCAGUCCCCCGAGGAGCGCCUCCUCCCUGCGCCUCUGCUCCCCAGAGAGAAGCCCAAAGCUGAAGCCCCCACAGAUCAGAAAACCGCACCCUCGCCCAUCCGAUCACAGCCUGUGGCCCUGCCGGAAGCCAGGACGCCUACCUCACCCACCAGCUUACAGCCAGAGUCUCUGCUGGCCCCUCCGACACCUCCCUCCGCCCAGCUCCCCAUCUGUUCCCAACCUCAGCCUUCCUCGGACGCCUCCAUACCAUCACCCACCGAGUCCCCCAUACGCUUCCAGCCGGUUCCAGCCAAAACAUCCACGCCCCUGACCCCACUCCCUGUGAAGAGCCAAGGAGACCCCAAAGACAGACUAAGUGGCCCCCUGGCUGUGGAGGAGGCCCUGAAGCGGAGUGAUCUGGUGGAGGAGUUCUGGAUGAAGAGCGCCGAGAUCCGCCGCAGCCUGGGCCUCACUCCUGUGGACCGGAGCAAGGGGUCAGAGCCCAGCCUCCCCUCCCCUGCCUUGAAGCCAAUAUCCCUAAAGUCCUACUCCGUUGACAAGUCCCCUCAGGAAGAGGGUCUCUGCCUUCUGAAACCUCCAUCUGUUCCUAAAAGGUUGGGCCUGCCAAAGCCAGCUGGUGACCAGCCCCCACUGCUCACCCCAAAGUCGCCCUCGGACCGGGAGCUGAGGAGCAACCAGGAAGAGAGGAGGGACCUCUCCAGCAGCUCCGGCCUGGGCCUCCAUGGCAGCUCCUCCAACAUGAAGACCUUGGGCAGCCAGAGCUUCAACACCUCGGACUCCACCAUGCUCACUCCGCCUUCUAGCCCACCCCCACCCCCACCUCCCAACGAGGAGCCUGCAACCCUGCGAAGGAAACCCCAUCAGACUUUUGAGCACAGGGAGGCCUCGAUUAUCCCCCCUCCCCCUCCUGCCCCAUUCAUGCGGCCCCCAAGGGAGCCAACCCAGCCCCCCAGAGAGGAGGUUCGGAAGUCCUUUGUGGAGAGUGUGGAUGAGAUCCCCUUUGCUGAUGAUGUGGAGGACACUUACGAUGAUAAGACUGAGGACUCCAGUCUGCAGGAGAAGUUCUUCACACCCCCUUCCUGCUGGUCCCGGUCAGAGAAGCUCCUGGCCAAGGAGAAUGGGCGGCUCCCUCCCCCGGAUCGCGAUGUGCAGCCACAGAAAAGGGGACUGCCUCUGGUCUCCGCAGAAGCCAAGGAGCUGGCUGAGGAGCGCAUGCGAGCCCGGGAGAAGUCUGUGAAGAGCCAAGCACUUCGAGAUGCCAUGGCCAAACAGCUGAGCAGGAUGCAGGCCAUGGAGAUGGCAGCCUCCAGAUCCCGCACAGCGCCAUCCCAGGGCAAGGAACUAGAGUCCACCAAGCGCUCAGGCCUCCGAGCCUCCCAGGAGCCCACUCUGAAGCAUGAAGCUACUAGUGAGGAGAUCCUCUCCCCUCCCUCAGACUCAGGAGGCCCCGAUGGCUCUGUCACCUCGUCUGAGGGCUCUAGUGGGAAGAGCAAAAAGAGGUCAUCCCUCUUCUCCCCACGCAGGAACAAGAAAGAGAAGAAACCCAAAGGAGAAGGCCGACCCCCAGAGAAACCCAGCCCAGGCCUCCCAGAGGAAGGGGCUGCUAAGCCCAAGUCCCUGUGGAAGUCAGUCUUUUCUGGAUACAAGAAGGACAAAAAGAAGAAGAGUGAUGAGAAGUCCUGCUCCAGUACCCCGUCCAGCGGUGCCACAGUGGACUCCGGCCAGCGCAGGGCAUCUCCGAUCGUGAGAACGGAUCUGCAGCUCCGGCGCCAGCUGAGUUUCUCAGAGGACUCAGACCUGUCCAGUGACGACAUCCUUGAAAGGUCUUCCCAGAAGUCCAAGCGAGAGUCGGUUUAUGUACCACACGCCUUGGCAUUCAGGAGAGCCUACUCAUCAAAGCCCAGAACCUACACAGAGGAGGAGCUGAGUGCCAAGCUGACCCGGCGUGUGCAGAAGGCAGCCCGGAGACAGGCCAAGCAGGAGGAGCUGAAGCGUUUGCACCGAGCCCAGAUCAUCCAGCGGCAACUGGAGCAGGUGGAGGAGAAGCAGAGGCAGCUGGAGGAGAGGGGCGUCGCCGUGGAGAAGGCUCUGCGAGGAGAAGCAGUUGAGCCCAGUGGCGGGACUCCACGGCGUAGACCUCUCUCCUUCUGCCCAUGCUGUGUCCAGGAAGGCAUGGGCAAAAAGGAUGACCCCAAGCUGAUGCAGGAGUGGUUCAAGCUGGUGCAGGAGAAGAACGCCAUGGUGCGCUACGAGUCGGAGCUGAUGAUCUUUGCCCGGGAGCUGGAGCUGGAAGACCGCCAGAGCCGGCUGCAGCAGGAGCUGCGGGAGCGUAUGGCCGUGGAAGAUCACCUGAAGACCGAGGAGGAGCUGUCGGAGGAGAAGAAGAUCCUGAACGAGAUGCUGGAGGUGGUGGAGCAGAGAGACUCGCUGGUGGUCCUGCUGGAAGAGCAGCGGCUGCGGGAGAAAGAGGAGGACAAGGACCUGGAGGCCGCCAUGCUGUGCAAGGGCUUCAGCCUGGACUGGUCCUGAGCCUGGCCACCGUGUGCGUUGAUCGGCACCCACCUGACCCGGCUGCAUCCUCCCAGACCACCGGAUCCAGGUUCAGAAGAGGCCUGGCAUCCCUGGAAGGCGGCACACAGACACCUGUGCUGUGGGGAAACCCCAGGGGAGGGCCAUCAUCCGAGGUGACUCCAUCACCUGGGAGAGGCCCCGCCCGGACUUCCCGUUCAGGAGGGAGGAGAUGGGUGUGUUUGAGGCGUGCCCCGGGGGGUAAACUCCUGCGGGGUCCCCUGGGCUUGCUGCCCGGCACCUCUCCCUUCCUUCUGCUGGUGAGAGAGGCAGGUGGCUCCUCUUCAGAACCACAGCCACCACAGAGCACCUGAAGAGCAGAGCAGCCUUUGCCCUCCUGCCCCCCGAAGCACCACCAAAGAAAGUCCGGCGGCAUCUACGGAAAGGGCUGUGGAUGGAGGAGAUCCGCGGGGAGCGACCCCCAUGGGGGUGUGAUGCCUACCCUGCCCUGGCCGGGGAAGCCAGACAGUAGGCAGGUUCAUUAUGCAAGUUAGGAGGGCGCAGGAGGGGUCUGUCCCCAGCCCCACCACACACUGGAUUCCCAGUGGCCAAGUGCGCCCCAGGCCUCUCGCAUGGGCAGUGGCCUGAGGCCCGUGGAUUGCUGUGUUUUGCUUUUAGUUCACAACCAUUUUGACACUGGAAAGUAUUGACUUGGGGAGAGAGCUGAGGGAAGCCCUACGUGCCAGCCUCCCCUCCCCCCACUGACAGGCAGGCGCCAUCCCUGGUCAGCACCCACAUCAGUACAGGAGACGGCGCUCCCUGGCAUUUUCCUGUGUUUGCACAUUGAGACAAGACUGACAACCUGGCCAGACACUCGGCCACUUCGGACCCUUUUUUGUCAAUUAACUUAUUUUUUUAAUACUUGAAAGUAAGCAACUUCUUUUUUAUACCUUUACUAAAGACACUGAUUGCCUGUCACCUGCGUGUAGGAGUGACCGGGAGGUCUUUGUAUAUCCCAAGCAGCCUGAUGCAAAGCUGACCUGAUUCUUGUUACAUGCAUCUAUUUAUUAGCCUUCUGAAUAGUGUUACUGACCUGGUCGGCACCAGGGAGCAGCUCAAAGCCCUGUGGGUCCUUGCUCACAGCUUUUCUGUCCCCUCCCUCACCCAGCACCCUGUCCCUGCUGGCACUGGACUAAUACAAGAGAACCGCCUCUCUAUGAGGAUGCAUUUCGGCACCAGGCGGCCAGGCCUGAAGACAGACAGGCUGCUGUGAGCCAUGCCCUUCGGAUCGUGGCACUGUGGAACCCAUGCUGUCCAGUUUUGCAGCCCAGGUUUUACCUCCUGUACGUACGUUAACGGUUGAGGGGUAGCCCCUCUUCACUCUUGCUGGGACCAAGUCGAGUGUGACCUUGUCCUUGGACUGGCAGGUGACAGUGCCGUGGUCCAGCUAGACUGGAGUGUGUGUGCUGGUCUCCCCUCAACACACUGGCCACUCCAGUCUUCCCUGCCUGAACUAGGAUUUUCUUGGCCUGGCAAGAGCCAAUAAGCACCAUGUAACCAGCCCCAUAAGCCAAGCUGUUCAUUUCUCGGGGUUCACCCAGAGACCGGUGAUGGGGGGCCAGGGUGCUUCUCUUUCACAACAGCAGCACAUGGGCCAGUGCAUUGGUGCCACACCAAUCUGGAAAAGGGCAUGCCAGCUCGGCCUGGUGGGAGGGGCCGGUGCAGAAAACAUGGCGUCCCUGGCAGCCUUCAAGGCUCCCAAGGGCGACACAGCCAAGGGCCCACACUCACCCUGGACUUCCUGUGGGAACCACCGUGUGCCUCAACUUGAACAUCCAUCUAGCUCCAGAGGAGCAAACCGCUCGCUCACUCUUCACCUUGUGCAGAAGCUGCCAUCUCUCCUGUGGAAAUACAGAUGUGCUGCUAGCAACCACCACAGCUCUGACGUCAUCACUUCCUGGUCUCUGCCACGGCAGUUACUGCUGUCUUUAUUCUCUGUCUGAAACGGGAGAGGAGGAUGUUCUGGAUUCCCUUGUUCAACCACAAUCUGCCAAUCGGACUGGACUUUGAACAGGACCUUUACGGCCUGUGUGGCCUUCUCCUCAACCCUGUCCGCCUCCCCAGUGCCAGCGGCAAUCCCGGGAAGGCCAGCCCUGUCAUUCCUGCUAGCCCAGAAGAAGGAGACCAUUUCCAGAGUGACUCAAGAAGGACCCAGGGGCACGCUGCGCCUCCAGUGGCCUCACAGAGCACCGGGUGUUCCCUCCCACCUCUGUCCUGGUCAGCCAUGACCUUGUUGAUCUUUCCAAAGCACACGCUGCUUCCUGCAGUCACCAGAAGCGGGGCAGAAAUCCACCAGCCUGGGAGACAUCCCCCAGCUCUCCAGCCGUGACAGCAUGAAGACGUGGGGUUUUCGUAGAGCACUUUUUUUCUGGCUCCCAGUUUUUAACCACUAGUUUGCAGUUGAUUUCAGUGGUCCGGGGACAUGUGUUCUCCACCUCUGGAAAUGCAUGCAGGUCUAGUCAGAUGUUCUUCCCAGGGACUAUGUCUUCACGUGAAGGCAGGGAAGAGAGGGAUGUAUACACACUUCGUACAUGCAUAAGAUGCUAGAGCGCAUUUGAGUAAGCUAAGUACAGUCAGUGCACUGAGGCACCAGGCUCUACCCCUGAAGGGCAAGCAGAAGGCAGUCCCCUGCUCCCCAGCAAGAGCCGGGCCAGAACCCCAGGUUCUAACCCAGCUCAGGUGAUAUCUUUGGGCAUUUCCCCCCAGCAGCCAUCCUUAAGAUAAUUUUGACCAGCAACUGUAGACUUUAAAAGAUAAGACAUUUUUCACUGGGACAGGAGAAGAAACGAGUUGGAGCGGGAGCAACAAGUAUCAGGGGCUGGACUAUGGACUAUAGCCCAGUGGUAGGAUGUGUGCUUAGCGUGCAUAAGGCCCACGGUUCAAUCCCCAGUACCACAUUUAAAAAAAAA